AGGUAGCAACGCAAAAUGGCGGACACGCUACUUGUCCCCGCUUUGAGAUCGAAGCCAAAAUCUCUUAAUUUAAGCAAUAAAAAACUCGACAAGAUCCCCAGGGCCAUCGGAAAACUUGAUUGCAUUAUUCAUUUGCAAGUGAAAAACAAUAAAUUAAAGACAUUGCCUUAUGAAUUAAGUUAUUUAUAUCAGUUGCAGAUACUGAACUGCGGAAACAAUGCAUUUGAAGAACUACCAGAAGUUAUUGAACAUCUGACAAUGUUAGAAAAGCUACAUUUGUUCAACAACGUAAUACACACACUGACUCCAAAGGUUCUCUCAAGUUUAAGAAGUCUUACAUUCCUCAAUCUAAACAAAAACUGUUUGAAAACUCUUCCACCAGAGAUAUGCAGGUUAUCAAAUCUUCAGUUCCUCAGUGUAGAUAACAAUGAACUCACAGAAUUACCUGUUGAAAUUUGUGCUCUUACACGACUAGAGGAAUUUCAUGCUGCAAAUAAUCAGUUAACAAAUCUUCCACUAGAAUUUGGGUUUCUUAUCAACCUUGAAAAAUUGCAUUUACAAAAGAACAGAAUACGAGAAUUACCUGAAAGUAUUGGAAAAUGUUACAAACUUAGAACAUUAGAUAUUGCAGCCAAUGACUUGCGAAUAUUUCCAACUGAGUUACACAAUAUUCCGUUAAAAGAUAUGUUUUGUGAGGAGAACCCUUUAUUACAACACUUACCUGUACAUUCAGUCCAGGAGGAGGAGGUGCUCUCAUUGAAGGAAGUUUGUGCAAGAUAUGUGAUGAAAGAGUUAAAAGACAGACGCCCAGACAAGAGGUGGUCAUACUUGAGACGUGCAAUAAAACACUAUCCACAGAUACGUGAGAUGUUAGCACAGGCCAGUAGAUGUGCAGUGUGUGGAGAGUCUUUCCUCAACACGUGGCUAGAGUGUGUCAAGUUUGUCGAUGCAAAAUCAGACCUCAGACUGAAAAACUUAAAUGGACUGGUUCCUGUGCGUGCUCUACUUUGCUCAUAUAAAUGUUUCAACUCAAAAGGACAUGACUAUUAUGGUGUUGCAUUUCCUUGAGGAGUACAACGGGAGUAUUCAAUGUAUUAAUUAAGCUAUGGAUAAAAAUAGUUUUGAUUAAAUGCAAUACAUUUUUCAAUUUUUUUUAUGAAUUGAAAUUUACACAAAUUGAAAAAAAAAAGUAAUAAAAAACUAGAAACUUUGAUUUCAUAGUUUUUCCCUUCAAUAUGUAUAUAUAAAAUGGUGAUUUUCUGGUGCAUUUUGAUAAAGAUAAGAAACUAAUCGCCACUUUUCUUCCUGUUUGAGUGUUUGGAAUAGAUAUGUUAUCAUCAUUUGUUUAUUUUACAGGAGCAUAUUGUUGAAAAUAGUAAAUACUUAAAAAAAACUAAAUAAUUUUGACCAAGUUAAUAGAUGAAGAAAAAAAAGAAGAAAAAUAUGUUGAUAUGAACUUAGAUACAGUUUUGAAAUAUAGAAUUAUUUAUUUCUCAAAGUUUUUAAUAGUUACUUAUUAAGCAAACUGUAUGAUAAAUGAUUUGUUUCCUAAAGCUAUUUGUUAUGAGUUAUGACAAAAUUUAAUUCAAAUUGAAGGAACCACUUAACAGGAUUCUUAAGCAGCAUGGAUGCUGUUGACUAUAUUGAUAGGUUUAUGCCAUGAGUUUUAAGCUAGGUCACCACGCGAAUCUUUUUAUCUAAUCAGACAACACUAUACUGCCUGUUGUUAACUCAAUUUUCAGUAUUUUAAUACUAAUAUGACCCUUUUCCCUACUUAAACAGUGUUAUAGAUGUUUUGCAUUCAAAAUGGAACAUGUUUAUUAAGUUAUUUGACUACUUUAAUAGUAUAGGGUAAAAUAUUGCGGUAAACGGAUAAUUGCUGUGUCCUUAAUUGCUGAUAAUUACCAUUGAACGAUGCAAAAUACUAUCCGCAAUUUUCCUAGAACCAGAUAUCGUCACUAUCUUGAUCAUUUUCUGUGUCUCAUAUUGCCACAUUAGUGCAGUAACUGGUUAACUCCUAUUAAAUUUAUAUAAGAAGUUAACCUGUUAAUGCACUAAGGUGAUGAUACACAAAUUUAGAUGAAUGGCGUUUGUAAUAUUAAAUUCUGAAAGCUUUAAUGUGCUGAAAAUAGCAAUUUCUGCUGAACAAGGAUUAUAUAAUAUUGUUAUAAGUUUACUUAAAAAAGGGCUGUGGAUGUUGGUGAUUAUGACUUUCAGCAUCCUGAAAUAUUGUUCAGUUAGAAAAAAUGUGAUAGAAUAUUGUAACUUUCCAACUCUUUUUUUUUUUACAUUUAGAAAUAAUUUAUGCAUUUUCUAUUAAGUUUUUUUUAUUAUUAAGAUGUCCAUGCUCUAUUUUUGUUAUUGUUUAUUUUUUUAUCCCCCGCCGAAAAAUUUCGGCAGAGGAUAUAGAAAUAGUCUCCGUCCGUCCGACCUUCCGUCCGUCCGUCCAUCCUUCCGUCCGACAUUUUUGUCCGGAGCAUAUCUCUAAAAGUAUUUGAGUUAUCAACUUGAAACUUCAUAGGUGGAUAGACCUCAUUGAGGAGGAGUGCAGUGCACAAGAAUGAUAACUCUACCUUGCAUGAUUUUUGAGUUAUUGCCCUUUGUUAUUUUUCAAAAUUGAUUUUUGUCCAGAGCAUAACUCCAAAAGCCUAUGAGAUAUUAACAUGAAACUUCAUAGGUGCAUAGAUCUCACUCAGGAGGUGUGCAGUGCACAAUAAUGAUAACUCUACCUUUCAUAAUUUUUGAGUUAUUGCCCUUUGUUAUUUUUCAUACCUAAUUUUUCACCUGAGUGGAGCAUAACUCAAAAAGUGUUUGAGAUAUCAACAUGAAAUGUCAUAGGUGGAUAGAUCUUAUUGAGGAAGAAUGUUGUGCGCAAGAAUGAUAACUCUUCCCUAUACAAUUUUUGAGUUAUUGCCCUUUUUUUUCAUGCUAUUUUGUCCAGAGCUUAUCUCAAAAAGUAUUUGAGGUAUCAACUUGAAACUUCAAAGGUGGAUGGAUCUCAUUGAGGAGGAGUGCAGUGCUUAAGGAUGAUAACUCUACCCUGCAUUAUUUUUGAGUUAUUGCCCUUUGUUAUUUUUCAAAAUUAAUUUUUGUCCAGGGCAUAACUCAAAAAGCCUUUGAGAUAUCAAAAUGAAACUUCCUAGGUGCAUAGAUCUCACUCAGGAGGUGUGCACUGCACAUGAAUGAUAACUCUACCUUUUAUAAUUUUUGAGUUAUUGCCCUUUGUUCUUUUUCAUACUUUAUUUUUCAAUUCAAUUUUUUUCUCACAAAGUAUUUGAGGUAUCAACUUGAAACUUCAUAGGUGGAUAGAUUUUACUGAGGAGGGAUGCAGCACACAAGAAUGAUAACCUACCCUGCAUUAUUUUUCAGUAAUUGCCCUUUGUUAUUUUCAGCCAUCAGUAUUCACAUAGGUUUCAAAUCUGUAAUCACUAUAGCCAUCAGUUUUCAUUACCAAAAGACCUCUUAAAAUGGAAUUAUUCCGCUCUACUACAUAUAUAUUCUUCCAAUGAGCAAACACAUUCGGCGGGGGAUGGCCAUGUUGACAUGGCUCUUGUUAUAUUUGAUACUGUGAUAUAUUGAAAAUAAAAGUUUAUUUGUUGUAAAAAAA